AUGGCAAAGAGAACAUUAGGUGUUGGCAAGCAAAGUAAGGGCUUGAAGAAGCUAAAGAAAUCAGAAAAUUCUCCUACGCCGGAGACCACUCCUGCAAACCAGAUCACCGUUGAGGUGGAAGAAAACGUGGAUCCUGAAAAUGAGCUAGUGCAGUUGAAGGGCCUAUGGAAAACAUACUUCGACUCCGACAGAAACGAUGAGAUGGUUUUAAAUGGGAUCGUCCACGAAUGCGACCGUCUGGUGCGCAGUGCCGCUCCAUCAGAAGCAGUUUCUGGUUCUGAAAGCUCAGAGACGCAAAGUUCAGAUGCUCAAUUGGUACACUGCAGUGAGUUCCAUGCCAUCUACGCCCUUGCGCUGAGUGAAUUGACUAUUUUCAAAGCUGGUGACGAAAAAGAGGAAAAAUCCGUUGCUGGAUUUUUCGACGCUGCCGCUGAAAGGUGCCAGAACGGCCUUAAUGAACAUCCCAAUGCCCCCUUGUUAAAAUUGGUGCGAGCCAAAGUAGCUCUCCAAAGAAUCCCGUUGCAAUUCAUUUCUAAGAUUCAGGUGACUGACACGAACGCCUCGCAACUACGCAUACACGAGCUACUAGAAGGUGCAAAGAAAGAUUUACAGACUGUACCCGAGUAUUCAGAGCUAACUUUCGAAGUGUUACAGUCUUUUGAUGACCUGUUGGAUAUAGUGGAGAAUUUUGGGCACGAAAACGAAAUAGACGAGGGUCUGGAUAGCGAUGCCGAAGACGAAUUAGACGAGAUUGAGCUUCCAGAUCAGCACCCGCUUUUCCAAGUCCGCGCAGAAGUCGCAUCCAAUUAUUCCUUCUUGCGCCAGAAGCUUCAGGAAUUAUUUUCCACCAUCCCCAAGGGCACGAAGUUGUAUCACUCGGUCGCUAAAAAGCUUGGUCAGCUACAUUUAAGCGCAGCUCAACCUUCGUCACAGAUCUAUCUAGAACUAACGUAUGAGAAUGAUGAUGAAGAUGUUACGGAAAUUGAUGGUUUGAGUGCUACAGCGGCACAGGAGCAAGCCUUAGGCUUGGUCACCGACGCAGUUCAUUAUUUGGAACAGGCAAGCACCGAUGAUGAACCGCAGAGCUGGGUUGAUGUCGCCGAAGCCCUCACCGACGCUGGUAACUUGUAUGCUGCUGAGUCUAAAGAUCAAGAAGAAUGCUACGAUAAAGCCGAAAAGCUCCUAAGAAAGGCCAACAAGGCUACUCACGGAAAAUACCAAAACAUCCUUGACAACUUGCUUGGAACAAGUGAGGAUUCAGACUAA